UUUCGUUUUGAAACAAGAUGGAAGUAUUGAUCAGACUGAAAGAAUUCUUUAUCCCCGCUUUGAUAUCAUGUAUUAUCAUCAUAUGCUUUCAUCUUGAGAAGAAGUAUGUGCAAUUAUAUGAUAUGAUUCUAGAAAACAAAAGACUAUUGUCAUCCAUGACACUCCUAGCAGAAUCCGAUAACACAACUCAAGAAAUUAUGAAGAUUGUAGCAGAAUUUAAAAACAAUAUGCAAAAAAUUGAAGGAAAAUUCAACGAAUUAGAAAAACAAAUGAAACAACGAUCAGAGCCUUUGGACUACAAUGAAAGUCAGGACACGGAGGAAUCAUUGUCGUGGUGGAUGUGGAUUACUUGGAAACUGAUUUAUACGGCCGGCGUUUUCAUGGUUUUAGUAACUAUUUACAUUUCAGGAUUAGUUGUGACGGAUUGCUUUGGAAAGAUCCGAAAUUCGCUGACAAGGGAUACCCCUUAGGCCCUCAAGGACCCUCUAUACACAAGUGUAAAAACAUUUUUUGGACAUUGAGAAAAUAUACUGUUUAAAGGAGCUUAUAUUGAGCUUACCUAAUUAAUUUUCACUAUAUGGUGUGUGGCAUUUACCUCGCACCAUAAUGUUCAAAGACAACACAGUAUCAGUGAAUAGAAAUCCCUGUUGUUUACUUUCAUAUAGACAAUACAUUUAAAGAAAAAAAUGUUUAAUAAUUUAUCUUGGCCUUUUAAAAUGUUAAGAAUACUUGAAUUAAUUAUAAACUGAGUAAUAUAUUGUAAAUUUCUAUUUUUUAAAAUUUAGAUCUAAUGGCAGAUCACUCUAACUGCAGAAAAA